AUGGCACGAAUGCGGUCGUUCGCGCGGCUUGUGGCUAUAGCCAGUCUAUCCCAGAUAACAGCGGCGAGUUUCUGGACUGCAACGGAGAUAUACGUCGAACGCCAAUAUGCCAGCCCUUAUGGCUGCGACAGGCCUGGUGGUUUCACUCAAACGAUUGCCUCAUGCACAACAACAGAGACCCGGAAUCCUUUGCUGGUGACACAUACAAGCCUACUACCCGACAUAACACCAACCUCAACCACAACAAGCUAUUAUUCGUCCUGGGAUCUGGACGUAGUCCAAUACCAUUAUCCCACCGACGCAUAUCCCAAAUCCGAUCUGGCAACCUACGAUGGCUACGGACUUUCGACCCAUACGUGGCUUGUCGACGUGACCUUGACCGCGCCAACGAGCUGCCCGACCCCCUUUGAAUACACCACAGAAACCAACCUCGAGUAUUGGGCAUACGUUCCGUCAGUGCUGACCCCGAUCAUGAGCUCCAAAGCCAGCGUCGAAACACAUGUCAUGACACGGGUAGAUGAAAUGUAUAGUUACGUCAGCCCCAACUAUGAAGGGAUACGGUAUACGACGACGUCGCACAUGACCUACACGACUUUCCACGUCAAAGCAACCGACCUCCCCCCUAUACGCAGGCCAGAAUCGCAGGGCUCCACAUACUAUGAUGACAUCUACUACAACUACAUGAGGCACUGCUUCCUCCCAGGCGAAGAGGAUCCCCGGAUCAGAGCAGCCAAUUGUCCUUACACCUACGCCGGACAAUGCAGCAAGAUCAAGCCCUGGAUCCUCAUCCUCGCCAUAGCCCUCCCUAUCAUCUUCCUCAUCGGCUUUGUCGAAAACUACUUCUGGUUCACUCGCUUGAUGCAAGGAAAAGGCUGCUUCCGCUGCGGGACAGUGGCCUGGUGUUUUCUCAUCUAUCUGUUCAUGAUCUUCUUCGUGACAUACGAACACAAGCGAAGUCCCGAAGAUCAGGAACGGUUGAGGCUUCUGUGGAAGGGGAUGCCUUUGGGGAUGAGAUUGAAGUUGUGGCUCGAGUGGGGGUUCAGACAGAAGUAUCCUGAGCACUUGCUGGGGAGUCGGGUGCCGGUUAAUGUGCAAGAGGGUAUGGAGAUGAGACAAACUGGUGGUGGUGGUGGAGGAGGAGGGGGUAGGGCGAGAGGGGGGGCGGGUGACUUGGACGGUGAUAUGCUUUUGCCUGCUUAUCCUGGGCCUCCUUCGUCGAGCAUUGGCGAUGCUCAUUCGAUGGAGAGUGGGAACACUUCUGCCCACCGCGGCCCGGUCUUGGGCAAUCCGAAUGCGGUGCUUGGGCCUGUGCUGGGUUCUGGGUCUGUGGUCAUUGGGCCGACGAUGACUUCAGUGCAGCCGACGCCUGCUUCGCCGCGGCGGCAAGAGACGGAUGAGAGGAUAGGGGAUGGCGUCAUCAGGGCGGUUUAA